CAUUAUUGUUAGCUUUGAUCUCCCCAUCAACUUUCCCCCUCUUGAGCAGCAAUGGCCCCCGGGGGGAUCCCUGGGGUCGCCAGGAACUGCUGGGCUGGGGCUCUAAUAGUGGCGAUAGCACUGAGAACUCACAGAGCUCAUUGCACAGACUCUCCAGAGCAUUUCCUGCUGCAGGAGAAGUCUGAGUGUCACUACACCAACGGCAUGCAGCGGGUGAGGUAUCUGAAAAGACUGAUCUGGGGCCAGCAGGAGAUCUGUUACUAUGACAGUGACUUGGGCUUCUCGGUGGCCCGCACGGAACUAGGUCGGCCGAUCGCGGAGUAUUGGAACAGGCUGGAGUGGCUGAGCUACCUGUGGGCUUCAGUGGAGAAGUUCUGCAGUUAUAACCAUAGGAGAUUUAAGAACAUCACUGUGGGUAGGCGAGUUAAGCCCAGAGUGAAAAUUUCCACCCUGAAAGCAGAGUCUUCCCACCGCCCCAGCUUGCUGGUUUGCUCUGCGACAGGGUUUUAUCCUUCCGAGAUAGCGACCAAGUGGUUCAAAAAUGGGCAGGAGGAGACAGCUGGAGUUGUAUCCAGGGAGCUGCUACAUAACGGAGACUGGACCUUCCAGAUCCAGGUGACGCUGGAAACAAAACCCAGGUGGGGAGAUGUCUACACCUGCCAAGUGGAGCACAUCAGCCUGCAAACGCCCAUCACCAUGCAGUGGGUGGCACAGCCUGACUCUGCCAAGAGCAGGAUGUUCAUUGGAAUUGGGGGCUUCGUACUGGGGUUGAGCUUCACGGUGCUGGGACUCCUCGUCUACCAGAAGAAUAAGAAAGGGUACCCGUGCUUGGACACUGCAGAAUCUCAGGCUGCUGGGAGUGACAGGGGCAGCUCUACAAACUUACUGCUCUGUGCCUAAAUCCUUCCAAGUUCUGUGAAGGGCCAUCUCUAAAUCUUCCCUUAACUCUCUGUAUUCAUGCAUGAGCCAUUACUCUUUCCCUUCCCCUCGCUAGCUGUUUUUUGUGGGCUCUUGCUCAGGUCACUACUGUGCUGCCUCUGAUGGAGGGAAUCACCACUUUCCCUCAAUCGGAGCAGGUUCCCCUCCUGCCAACUUUUCCUGCCGCCCCGCCCCAGAUUUAACUGCUCUGCAAUUAAAGAACAAAGUGCUUGUAGAUCUGAGAUUGUCCCUCAGGGGCUGAUUUCAUGCAAGCUGUUGACUUGGGGAAUCUCCAGUGGAAGAGGAGGGAAGGAUCCAGUUUUCAUAUGGAGCUGAGGAUGGAUGUCCCGCUACUCAGAGUGCAGCACAUACCCAGAUAGAAAAGAGGGGAAUAAAUAGUAAUGUUUCUAACUAAUGCUUUGCACUUAGAGAAAUUUUAUCUAAGGGUCUGAAAGGAUUUGAUAACUGUGAGUUAAUGAAAAGUACUAAUUAACCUGGUGUUAAUCUUUAAUUUCAUGUGUUUGGUAACUUUCUGAAACAGAUCUGUGAUUCUGUAUAUCAUGACACCCCACCCUUUGGCUAAUGGAGAUUGUACUGUACUCAGCUGAUGAGCAGAACAUGAAAACCUAUGUAGAACAGCAAAUUAAAGAGAUAAAGCCUUCCCCAGGUAACUAA